AUGGUCGACACGUUGCACCCACCUCCAUCGGUCAUUGCUUCUUGGCCAAAACCGAACUAUGUUGAUCCAGACACCAGAGGGCCGGGCCUCGUGUACAUGUGCAUCAUCUUCGCGGCCAUCGGCAUCAUCACAUGCACGGCCCGGAUCUACUCGCGGCUGUUCAUCACCAAGGCGCCGGGCCUGGACGACCUCCUGGUGAUGAUUGCCCUGGGAUUUCUCACCGCUCUGAACGUACUGGUCAUCAUCGGCAACAAAGACUACUACAACGGCCGCCACGUGUGGGACAUACCGCCCGGCAGCUUCGUGGGUGCGCGGGCCAACAUCUGGGCCAGCCUGUGGUGCUACGUGAUCGGGAUCACCUUGAUCAAGACCUCGGUGCUGCUGUUCUACCGCCGUCUCAGCGUCAAGUUCAGCCGGGCCUUCCUGAUCGCGACCUGGAUCGGCAUCAUCUACAACAUUCUGUACUUCCUCUCGUUCGGUCUGACGCUGUUGCUGCUCUGCAACCCGAUCCACUCGUACUGGGAUGGCUUCAACCCGCUCUGGGCCGCCACGCACCACUUCCACUGCGGCUCCGAGAGUGUGGCGCUUCCCGCGUCGUCGGCGUUCAGUGUCGCGGGUGACCUCUACAGUACGCUCCUACCCCUGAUCUUGGUCUAUCAUCUCGAACUGCCGCGGCGACAGAAGAUCGCCCUGUACGCUCUGUUUGCCCUGGGGUUCAUGGCGGUCGCCGCCGGGCUGGUCCGGACCGUCUUGAUGUACAAUCUGCUGAACGUCGACUACGACUUCACCUGGAAACUGUGGCUAACGUGGAUCUGGGCCGUGCUCGAGCUGUAUCUGGCGCUUUUGGCCGCCAGCGCGCCCAGCUUGAAGCCGUUCUUUCGGCAUUUCUUCGUGGAAUCCAUCAGCAGCUUUGCCCGAGGGUCUCGGAGACGAGGCGAAUAUGGAAACGGCAACAGCCAGCGAGCCGGGGCAGGAAAAGUCUCGGCAGGAGGGACAGGGACAUAUCCCACUGACGCCAGCAAAGGAGGUGUAAGCGUAGACCUCUCAGCCGACGUCGAACGAGGAGGAGGGAAAGGCCAGUGGGAAGUGUCCCACGACAGCAACAACAACAACGACAACAACGAAAGGAUGGAAUCACGACAAAGCUGGUUCCUGGCGGACAACGAGGACACAGACACGAAGCAUUUCGAGCUGCGCGCCAGCCAGGACGGGAAGAGGAUGAUCCCCAUGCGCGUGUACAAGCGCAGCGACUACCACAACUAUAGCGUCCCUGAGGGGUCGUCUUCUGCGGACGACCCCUUUGCCGACACCGAGGAUCGCAGUCAACAACACUACAUGAAAUCGAGCUCGUCGACGACGGCGCUACCGCAGCGGCCAGACUGGCCGCUGGCCCUGCCGACCAUAGGCACCGAGCCGUACCACGAACCGCGCGAGUUCCUAGCCAACCCACGGCUGUCGACGUACAAAGAAAAUAGAUGA